GCCGACUCUGCUGGCAGCAUUGCCGUAGCUGACGACUUCUCUCCGUGUAGGGCCUAUAUCGUACUUAUUCUUAUACACUGAUUCAAGAUAAUUAUUGUUUGGGGAGAAAACCACAGAGCGGCGCUAACUUACGCCUCCAUAGUUCCAUAUCGCACGGCACGCAUUUGCCUAUGUUCAUCGGCAACGGGCAAUCUCUCUAAGUCUCUACUCUCUAGUAAUCUCUUUCAUGACUAUAUCUUUAUUACGUCAGUCUACUGCAGUCAGAAUACUAUUAGAUACUAAUAACUAAUCAGAAUUAUUGAAUAAUAAUAAUAUAAUAAACACAUUUAAGCUUCAAAUUUUUGUAAAAAAAUGUUUUGUUUACAAAGAAUUUCAAGGAACAUUAUUCCAAAAAGAAAUUUUAUGAAAAGUGCUAUUCGCAAAGAUGAGCAUGAUCUAGGAGGGGAGCCAGGAAAAAAUCUUCCGUUCGACAUUCAUAACAGAUACAAAUUUACGUUAAUUUACACUGCAUUUAUAAGUAUUGGGAUGGCUAUACCAUUUUUAGCAGUUCGUCAUCAGCUGUUGAAGUAACUUAAGUA